GAUCAACAUCGCUGCAAGAAACCGGGGGGAAAAAAAAAGGAAAAGAAAAAGGAAAAACACAAAAAUAAAGUAAAAAUGUUGAAAGUUUUGAUUUUGUGUCUUCUAUCCGCAUCCCUCGUGACCGCUGGGUUUUUCACUCCGAGCCCCGAGAAGGCCGACGCCACUGUGAAAGAAGGCAGCUCUGUCGUGAUCGAGGUCGAUGAGAACGACGGCGACACCAAAGUCUCCGUGUCUCCCAAAGACGCCGCCUACAACCAUCACUCAGACAAACUCUCCGAGAAAUUGGAGGAAACAAAAGAGAAGAUAAAAGGCGCGGCCUCCUCUGUCCUCCCGGGCUCACAUCAAUCCCAAGACGAAAACGAGGCGAACGGAGGAAAUACUGUCGGCAAAGUUAAGAAGACGGUCACUCAGGCGAAAGAGGCUGCAAAGGACAAGGCUGAGGACGUUAAAGAAGGGGCAAAGCGUCAAGCACACGACACGAUGGAGACUGCAAAGAUAGCCAAGGAAGAGGCUGAAAGAAAAGUGGAAGGAGUCAAAGAGAAGGCCAAGAAGACCGUUAACGAGUACGAGGAGGAAGGGAAGAAGGGGAUGAAGGGGCUUUUUGGGUAUUUGACGAGGCCGCUGUCGGGCGGGUGGCGCACGUUGGCCUCUGCCCUGCACCUGAUGGGGCUGGCGGUGGCUUACGGAAUGUGCGUGUGGGUCACAUUCGGGUCGGGCCGGGUUCUGGCCCAGGCACUGCCCAAGGUCCAGCUUUUGAUGGUGCAGAGCAGGAUGAGCCCAGUUUAUUUCCGGGCUAUGGCAGCUAGUGUGGGGACUGCUUUGAUUGGGUACACGAGCAAGCGCGGGGUGCUUGGAGGGCUCGACCUAGCGGCAUCACUGGCAAUGGUGUUAGCCAACAUGUUUUACGUGGAGCCUCGUUCGACCAAGGUGUUGUUUGAGAGGAUGAGGAAGGAGAAGGAGGAGGGUACGACUACGAAUAAGGAAGGGAAAGAUGAAGGAGUUGUGGCUGAAGAACCUGUGGUGGAGUCGAAAACUACCGAGACUAGUGAGGGACCGAAGAAGCAGGGUAGGAGUGCGAUUAUGCGCAGGUUCAGUUUGAGCUCGUCUCUGCUUAAUGUAGCCACACUCGUGCCCCUCACCUGGCAUCUACUUCGCCUGGCUCAGCAACUCAAUGCUGAGUGUUAAGAGGAUAUUUCGAGUACAAAAGAUGGAAGCCUUUCUCUUUGUGUAUAUAAAUGUAAUGCUAGCAUGGGCAACCAGCCCUCUUUGGUGUAACAUAUAUGCGCUAGAUAACUCUCUUACCAAUUCUGUAUUCUCUACUACUUAAUAUCUGUACUAUAUCAGAUUAUGUUUCUUGAAA